AAACAGGUAUGGGGAGCUAACUCUGCUUGAAUUGUAUUUAUUGGUUGAAUGUGUGAUUCGUAAUGAAAAUUCUUCAUUUUCUUGUUUGAUGUAUUUGGAUGUCGCGACUGUGAAACAAUCAAUGUUAAUGUGCUCAUGGCUGUUUCUGAUGAAAUUUGAGAAUCCUAUUGUGUUGCCAUUAUGUUUGUUUAAUUAACAAUUGUCUCGGUAAGUUUGUUUGAUGAAAUGCAUGUUUGAUUGCAUUAGUACUCUGUAUGAAUUAUGCUGUUGAGGAGUUAAUGAUUACAAUGUCUUUUUUAGUUGCUGCUUGAAGUUAGUAUAUCCCUGAAUACCCUGCGUGCCAUGCAUUGGGCUGUUCUGAGUAGUAUAAUCAGGAAUCUGAUGGUUGGAAUACUUGGAAUGUGGUGGGAUUGAGUUACUGUGAGCUAUUGAAUGAUGGAGAGUAGUUUUCGAGAUUGUACUGAUGGUGGGUGUUCUGAAUAUAUGUUGAAUGUGGUCUGUCUAAUUGCUGUCUAAAUGUAUCAGGUUUGUAACUAAGAAUUCCUGGAAAACGUGGUUUGUCUGGUUAUGUUUGCUAUUGUGUUGGUCUGUUAUGCAUGUAAUAAUAUUAAAAACCAGAACUAGAGUAAUAGGGCUAGUUGUCUCGGCGGUUGAAGGUUGGAUUAAGUCUCUUUUAUGUAGUCAACUGAUAUUAUGAAAGUAGAAGUCUUCUAUGCAUGUUGUUACUGGGUCUGUGCAUGCUUAAUGAAUGUUGGAAGGUUCUGUUUGGACAAGUUGUAAUAUGAUAUGUUAAGUAGUUAGACAAAUGAGUUAAACAAAGAUUGAACAGGGUUGUAUGUUAAAACUGGUACAAGAUAUGAGUUAAGCCUAUUGUCUAGAGUUUGAAGAGAGUGUGUUUUUAGUCUGAUAGAAACAACCUUAGCAUUAGAGACAUUCCUUAAGCAUGUUAUGUCAUCUCUAUGUCUGAUGCUUUUGCUGCACUGAAAUUUUGGUACCUGGUUGUUCAUUGGUGCUGUGUUAUAUUUUAAAAGAAAAAAAAGAAGAGGUUUAAUGCUUAAUUUAGUACUGUAAGAUUAUAGGACUUAAGUACAUGGGUUGAUCAGUUUUAUAGUUGUUUCUUGUGAGUGUAAUGCAAUGAUACGCUGCUGGGUGUCCUGUAUUGGGUCUGAUUGAGUGAUAUAGCUGCUCGGUAACCAUGACUCUAUGGUCCGCGUAAAUACUACUAAUGUAAUUCUAUGCUUUGAGUUGGAUUGGGUCUUAUAGCUGAAACAUCCAUGGCUACAUAUUCUGCGUAAAUACUACUGCUUUGAUUGCUCUGUUUUGAGAAUGAAUAAAUGGUAUAUCUACUUGCAUUAGUGAUUUUACAUGNGGGAAUACCCUUGAUGUACGCUGUUCUGUGCUGAUAUGGAAUUAAGUAUAUGGUUGUAAAGAAUUCAUGUAUCUUGGGUGAAAUCAACGUGGUUGUAAUGCUGUUGUAUUUAUAUGCUGACUUGUGUUAAUGAUCACUAUCUUGAACUACACGGUUAAAAGUCUAAGUCUAUCCAGAUUAUCUUGUUGCAUAUGUUUAGUCUGUUCAGAAUAUCAUGCUGUUAUAUGGUUAGCCUAUUCAGUUUGUCUUGCUGUUAUGUACGGGAAUUGUUCACUUUAUUGGCUAUCCUAUGCUUAUACUCCUCUGUUUAUACUCCUCUGUUUAUAUCUGACCUUGACUCGGUAUGUGUUGUGCUGGACUAUGGAAGACGUUGAAAUAGCUAACAUUUAUGUGCAAGCUUGUUUAUUCGAGUUGUUGAUGCAGGAUAAAUUGGUUGAAUAUUUUGAAAUGCUUACAAUGAGCUCGAUGCAUAGGAUGACAGAAGAGGCAACUAGUGGAAAUCCAUGGGCUCCAGAUUCCAGAACUCUCAGAUCAAUUUCAAGGGCUNCUUUUGAAUUAGAUGAUUAUUGGAGGAUUGUGGAGAUUCUGCAUAGAAGGUUCCUGAAAUUCGAAAAGAAGAAUUGNAGGGUCUCUUANAAUUCCCUGAUCGUGCUUGAGCACCUGUUGACUCAAGGACCAGAGANUGUUGCUGAGGAAUUUAAGAGUGACAAAAAUGUNAUCGGCCAGAUGAAAAGUUUUCAGUAUAUUGANGACACUGGGUAA